AUGAAGCUCCUUAGCUGGAACUGUCAAGGGCUGGGCCAUCCCCUCACAGUUCGAGCAGCCCGUUCUCUGGCCUGUGGGAAUGGCAUUAAUUUGCUGUUUCUUAUGGAAACUAAAUGUACAGUUUACUCUUUGCGUUCUUUGGUUUUUAAGUUAGGUGAUGGAAACAAAUUUGCAUUUUUUGCUCCUCAAGAUGGUGGACGGUAUUUAUGGGGACUGGUUUUUGCUGUAAUAUAUGGACAUCCGGUUCUCAGUCGGAGGGAGGAUACUUGGGUUUUUCUAGGUGAAGUGGCGUCAAAGCUCUCAGGACCGCUGCUUGUCAUGGGGGAUUUUAAUCAGGUUUUAAAUGACGAUGAGAAGUGGUCUACGAAUACAGGUCAGAUCCGAGGUUGGAAUUGGUGCUCUAAUUUUGUUACUAGAUGUGGGCUAUCUGAUAUACCUAGUUUUGGGGUUAAGUUCACAUGGUCCAAUAAUCAAUCCGGCGAUGCUGCUACUUAUGAAAAGUUAGAUCGAGCUAUGGCGUAUCAACGAAUUCAGCGGUUUGAAGAGGCUUGGGUGGGUAUUGAUGCAGUUCAUCAGAUUGCUAAGAAGGUGUGGAAUGUGCCGUUGAAUGGUUCUUUUGCUUUCAAAAUUAUGCAGAAGCAAAAAAUGCUUCUUAGGCACCUGGCGAAUUGGAAGAAAUUAUCGAUAGGAUACUUGACCGAGGAGAUUGAAAGUAGGAAGCGUCAAUUGGAAAAAAUCCAGUUCCAGCUAGGCGGGCAGCAAUGGGGAUUGGAAACAGAAGUAAUUGUUAAACAAGAUUUGUUGGUAAGAAGAGAGCUGGAGGAUCUACUGGCACGUGAAGAGGCUUACUGGGCUCAGAGAGCUAAGCAGAAUUGGUUAGCGAUGGGGGAUCGUAACAUUAAGUACUUUCAUAAGAUGGCAUCUAUUCGAGCCCAAAAGAAUCGUAUUGUUGCAUUAAAAGAUUCGACUGGGGUAUUGGUGACCGAUCCUGAUGCAAUUGAAGCUAUGUUUCUGGAUCAUUUCCGUUCACUUUUCAGAUGUGAGGCGGGUUCUAGUAUGUCAAAGCAUGGGUACGCAGAUUAUGUAAAUGGAGUUAGGGACGAGACCCGAGUUAGUCCUAGUUUACUGACUACUAUUAAGACUAAGCUAACGGGCGCGCAGCAACAGGACUUGGACCAGCCUAUCACCCCGGACGAGAUAAGGAAGGCUAUGUUUCAGAUGGAUGGACGCAAGGUGCCGGGGCCGGAUGGAUUUGUGGCAGCAUUUUAUCAGGAAAAUUGGGAUUGGCUCGGAACGGAUGUUGUUCAAGCUUCAUUGGCAUUUUUUGAGUCGGGUUUCAUGCUAAAGGAAUUAAAUCAAACUCUUAUUACGCUAAUUCCAAAGGUUCCUAAUCCUCAAAGCGUGAGUGAUUUCAGACCUAUAAGCUUGUGUAAUGUGUUAUACAAGGUACUAACCAAGGUAUUGGUGAAUCGACUCCGGUUGGGUCUUGGAGACUUGAUUUCCCAAUAUCAGAAUGGUUUUGUUCCAACUCGGAUGAUUUUGGACAAUGUGUUAAUUGCGCAUGAAAUGUUGGAGUUCAUUCGGAAACGGAAACGAGGGAAACGGGCAAUGUAUGCUCUUAAGCUUGAUAUGAAUAAGGCAUAUGAUCGAGUGGAUUGGAAUUUUUUGUUGGGAGUUUUGCGGACUAUGGGCUUUAGUCAGAAGUGGGUAGGGUGGAUUCAUCAGUCUUGUGGACUUCAGCAAGGGGAUCCGCUCUCGCCUUAUUUGUUUAUAUUGGUGGCUCAGGCUUUCUCGGAUGGGUUAGAGGAAUUUGCUUCUCAUGACAUUUGCAGAGGUAUCUCGGUAAGUUCUUGUUCCCCUCGUGUUUCCCAUUUAAUGUUUGCGGAUGAUUGUUAUAUUUUUAUGGAGCAUAAUGUGGAUCAUGCAUGGUGUCUAAAGUGGAUACUUGAUGUCUAUUGUGAUCAAGCGGGUCAAAAAAUCAAUUUUAAUAAGUCAGAGCUUGUCACUAGCCCCUAUAUGAAAUCUCAGGAGGUGGCAUACUUGAAACAUAUUUUUGGUGUGAAGUGUGUGGAUAGGCCAGGAGUAUAUCUUGGUGCUAACAUGGAUUUUUCUAUUCAAAAAGGUAGUCUUUUUUCUAAAAUUUUGGAGAGGAUUGCUGCUAAGCUGACUCCGGCCUAUUUCCUAAAUAAAGUCAAGUCUGUGGUGUCGCGUUUUCUUUGGCAUGGGGAGAGUGGAAAGGGGAUUGUUUGGCGUCGGUGGGAGGUGUGCUGUUUACCUAAGGCUAAGGGAGGGUUAGGUCUGCGAGAUUUGGGUUGCCUCAAUCAAGCUUUGCUGGCUAAACUUGCUUGGAGAUUGUUGAAAAACCCAAACUCUUUGCUUUCUAAGGUACUGGUUGGUCUUAAGUGGAGAAUUGGUAAUGGCAAGAGGAUUAGUGUGUUUCGGGAUGAAUGGAUCCCAAAAAUGGUUAACCCUCUCAAAGGGUCUCCUCUUAGUGGUGGUUUACCAGAUUUUAAGGUUUCGGAUUUAUUUGAUUCGAGUUGCGGCGUCUGGAGGGAACCUCUUCUUGAGGUUCUUUUUCCCAAAGUGGUGGUCGAAAUUAUUCGGUCUAUUUAUUUCCCAAUCCAGGAAGUUGAGGAUGAGUUGAUUUGGGAGCACACUAAGAAUGGUGUGUUCUCAGUAAAGUCGGCCUACCUGUUUCGGUUUCAAAUCCAGUUUAGUGAGACCUUUCGGCAUGAACAGGGUAGGUUCCAAGGUUGGGGUAAAAUUUGGGCUUUAGGGUUGCCCCCAAAAUUCUUGCUGUUUGUUUGGAUUGUUAUUCACCGCAUUCUAGCGGUUAACGAUGCUUUGCUAAGAAGAAACAUUACGGUGGACUUGUUGUGUCCUCUUUGUGGGCAGGAUGUGGAAACUAUUGAACAUUUGUUUUUGCAAUAUAGCUGUGCAAUGAGAGUAUGGAGAGCUUCUCAUUUGGGUUUUGAUUUUUCGAAAGGAAGUCCAGUUGGUUUAAUGAAUGGUUUAGUCAUUGGCUCAAAGAAGCUCCCGACAAGGAGCCUUAUGAUUGUUUGCAGGUCUUCUCAAAGGAAUAGUGUGGUGAGAUGUAGAAACGUCAGUGAAGGGGGUUGGGUUACGUUUGUCACGGAUGGGGCUUGGUUAGCUGAGUCUCAUAAAGGGGCUGCGGCUUGGGUACUGGAAUCAAGUGACGAGGACUCGCCGUAUCAGUGUGAACAAUGCAGGGCUUUAUCUGCUUCUUUUGUGGAGAUUCGAGUAGGUUUGAUGGUGUUACAUUGGGCACUCGGGCAGAAAAUGGAUAGUAUUUGCAUCAAGACAGAUUGUGCAGUGUUUGUCCAAGGGCUUGUAGAUCGGCAGAGCGCCCCUUAUGAUGUUCAAGCUGUUCUUUCUGAUUUUUGUUCUCUGUGUUCUAAGUUUAGUGCUGUAAAAGUUGUUAAAAUUUCUAGACUAGACGUUAAAGCUGCCCAUGUUAAAGCUAGGGCGGCAUUAAUGCGUUUGUAA